UUGGGGAAAAUUGAAAAAAAAAAAAAAGAGAGAGAGAGAGAGAGAGAGAGAGAAACCUAUCGAUCCCGUCGCAUAUCGAUGAAUCAAUAAAUCAAUCUAGGGUUAGGGUUUUGUAGCAGAUGGAGAUGGACUACGUUACUGAGUUUCCUCACACUCACAUGGAUCGUCCCCAGGAAGAACCUCUUGCUUGGGAACUCCCUCAAGCUCUUGCAAAGGCUCAGUCAGGGAUAUAUUGUGGACAAGAUGUUGGGAGUGUGACCAGCUAUGGACCUUCAAGGGUACCCUUAGACCAUGCUAGUCUGUUUGUAAAGGGAUUAGCUCAAAAUGGCUCUCCCCGAAGGCGAAAUGAAGGAAAAGAUGGGCAUUACAUAUUUGCGCUCGGAGAAAAUUUAUCUUCUCGCUAUAAGAUACUCAGAAAACUUGGCGAAGGAACCUUUGGUCAGGUUUUGGAUUGCUUGGAUAGGGAAACAGGAGAGACGGUGGCCAUAAAAGUUGUGCGUAGUAUUAAGAAAUACCGUGAUGCAGCAAUGACAGAGAUUGAUGUGCUACAGUUACUCAAGAAGAAUGACAAAAGUGGCCGUCGUUGUGUUCAAAUACGGAGCUGGUUUGACUAUCGUAACCAUAUAUGUAUAGUCUUUGAGAUGCUUGGACCAAGCCUAUACGAUUUUCUUCGAAAAAAUAAUUAUCGCCCCUUUCCUGUUGAUCUAGUCCACGAGAUUGGCAGACAAUUGUUGGAAUGUGUAGCAUUCAUGCAUGACUUGCGCCUCAUCCAUACAGACUUGAAACCUGAGAACAUACUUUUUGUUUCUCCAGAAUACAUAAAAAUACCUGACUACAAGCUUACGUCUCGGUCAAUAACAGAGGGAACCUAUUACAAGAGGUUGCCAAAGUCAGGUGCUAUUAAGGUUAUUGAUUUUGGCAGCACAGCAUAUGAGCAUCAAGAUCACAAUUAUAUUGUCUCUACCAGGCACUACCGUGCACCCGAGGUUAUUCUUGGACUUGGAUGGAGUUAUCCAUGUGACAUAUGGAGUGUUGGUUGUAUCUUGGUGGAAUUGUGCUCGGGAGAAGCUUUGUUUCAGACACAUGAAAACUUAGAGCACUUGGCCAUGAUGGAAAGGGUUUUAGGCCCAUUACCCCAGCACAUGUUAAAAAGAGUUGGCAAACAUGCUGAGAAGUAUGUGAGAAGAGGUAGAUUGGACUGGCCAGAGGGGGCAACAUCUCGGGAAAGCAUUAAAGCUGUCCUAAAGUUACCUCGUCUCCAGAACAUAGUAAUGCAGCAUGUAGAUCACUCAGCUGGAUACCUAAUAGAUCUCUUGCAAGGGCUUCUUAGGUAUGAUCCUUCCAACAGACUAACUGCUCGUGAAGCCCUCAAGCACCCUUUCCUUACAGGAGAUUAUUACCGGAGAUUUUAAGUAAAUUUUGUUUGUCAUUUUCUCAUCAUUCUGGCGCUGCUUAAUGAUUUCUAAAGUGAGAUGUGGGUGUGGGUUUAUGAAGAAUCUGAACUAGUGUCGAUCCUUAGUGAAGGCUUAUAGGGCGGCCAGGUUCCUGGUCUUCAAGAAAUGUUUUGUUGUUCAUCUUUUGUAAAUAAUAAAAUUGUCAGGAUAAGCUUUCUCCUUGUCCAGUUUUUGUGCUAUGAUAAGUGUUGUACCGCUUUUCCCAUUUUUGUGUCAAAAA